AUCCAGGUGGCGCUUUGGCGGUAAAUUGACACCUUGUUAUUGCUUUGGAGGCUGUUACACGUUUUCUCAUAUUUACGGACCUAUUAUUGAAGUAUCUCAGGUUACAGAAUGGAAAAACACGCAGAAGCUCAAAAUGCACCACCUACCUAUACUGAAGCAAUGGUAGAUGUGCCACCCCAGUACCCCAUGAACCCAGGGUACCCACCCCAGGGGCAGCCUGUACAAGGCUACACUCAGUACCCAGUUUACCAGCAGGGUUACGGGAACCCCCCUGUCAUGCAGUAUGGCAACAAUGUCACAACAGUUAUCCAGACCCAGCCCAUGAUUCAGGGUGGUCAGAAUACUACCCCACCCCAAGACCACAUGUGUGGGGCCAUCUUUGUCACCCUGUGCUGUUUCUGGCCCACAGGAAUCAUUGCCAUCAUGAAAGCUAACGAUGCUCGAUGUGCAAUGGCUCGCGGUGACAUGGUUUCUGCAAACCUGGCUGCCAAGUCAUCCAAACAGAUGAUCAACAUCAGCAUCAUCGUCGGGAUCAUCGUCCUCAUCGUGUGUGGCCUCAUCUUUGGUCUGUACAUCGGACUUGUCCUUACCCAUCUGUACUAGUAGGAUGUCCAUACCGUAAACAAUAUUUUGUGGUUACAAUUACCUGAGUGCCAUUAACUUUCAAGGCUGCUCAAACAUGAUAUUUUGUCUUUACUCAAAAUCUAGAUAGAUUUCAGAUUUCGUUGAAUCUCUCAUGUCCUAAUUUACAGUCAUGUAAUUAGAACCACAAAAUCUUGAUUUUACUUGUUACCUUGGAAACUGGGUUUUCGUUGGGGUUAUUGGAUAGCUGGACCUCAUGGUAGCUUCACCUUAUA